GGGGUUUCUGCGCUGCGAAAGAAAAUGGCGGCGGCGGCGGCGGCGGCGGCGGGAGGAGAAGAGCGGCUAGAGGAGCAGGCCGAUGAAGGCGUCGCGGGGCUGAAGGAGCGCCCCCCGAAGGCCAAGAAGGGCCGCAAGGAGCGCAGAGAAGACCCGGAAGCGGAAGCGGAAGCGGAGCCGUCGGGAGCCGAGCCGGCGGAGGCGGGAAAAGCCGACGGCUCCGGGGGAACCGCGGCCGCCCCGGCCGUGCCGGAAGCGUCGGCGUCCCCCAAACAGCGGCGCUCCAUCAUCCGCGACCGCGGGCCGAUGUACGACGACCCCACCCUGCCCGAGGGCUGGACCAGGAAGCUCAAACAGCGCAAGUCCGGCCGCUCCGCCGGGAAGUACGACGUCUAUCUCAUCAACCCGCAGGGGAAGGCCUUCCGCUCCAAGGUGGAACUGAUCGCGUACUUCGAGAAGGUGGGCGACACCUCGUUGGACCCCAACGACUUCGACUUCACCGUGACGGGGCGCGGCAGCCCCUCCCGCCGCGAGCAGCGCCCCCCCAAGAAAGCCAAGAGCCCCAAAAGCCCCGGCUCGGGGAGGGGGCGCGGGCGGCCCAAAGGCAGCGGCGGCGGCGGCGGCGGCGGCGGCGGAGGGGGCGGCGGGGUGGGGGCGGGGGGGGGGGGCGGGCUCGGGGGGGGCGGGGGGGGCCGGGUGAGGGCGGCCGCGGAGCGCGGGGGGGGCCGCCUGCUGGUUAAGAUGCCCUUCGCGGGGGGGGGGGCGCCGGCGUCGCCUCCGGCCCCGCCGACGCCGCUGCCCCCUUCGGCCGCCCACCCCCCCCCCACGGCCCCCCCCGCCACGCACGGCCAGGGCCUGGGGGGGGGCGUCAAAAGGCCGGGCAGGAAGCGGAAAGCCGAGGCCGACAGCCGCUCCGUGCCCAAAAAACGGGGCCGGAAACCGGGGGGGGGCGGCGGAGGGGGCGGCGGCGGAGGAGGCGGCGGCGGCGGAGGGGUGGGCGGCGGCGGCGGCGGCGGCCGUCGCGGGGGCGGGGGGAGGGGGGGGUUCGUCCGGGCCCCCCCCCCCCGUAGAGGCCAAGAAGAAAGCGGCGGCCGCCCCCCCCGCGGCGCGGCAGCAGGAAACGGCGCUGCCCAUCAAGAAGCGUAAAACCCGCGAGGCCGCCGCCCCCCCCCCGCCGCCGCCGCCCCCCCCUCCUCCUCCGACCCCCCCGGAAGCGGCCGCCCCCCCUCCCGUUACGGCCCCCCCCCCCCCCAACAAGGGACCCCGCAGCGCCCGCGGCAGCCCCGGCCGCAGCCCCAAAGGUCGCGGUGGGGGGGGCAUGGGGGGGGGAGGCGGAGGAGGAGGAGGAGGAGGAGGGGGGGGGGGGAGGGCCGGCGGGGGGGGAGGGGGGGGCAAACGCAACACGCCCCCCCCGCCGUUACCGUCGUCGCCCCCCCCUCCCCAGCCGCCGCCGCCGCCGCCGCCCCCCCCCUCCGCCCCCCAGGACAGCGCUCAGGACCUCAGGGGGGGGGGACCCCCCGACGGCUGCCCCCCGGAACCGGCCCAGCCUCACCCCCCCCAGCACCCCCCCCCCCCGGCGACGCCCCCCCACAAACACCGGGGGGAGCCCGACAGAAAGGACUCCUCCUCGUCCUCGUCCUCCUCCUCCUCUUCCGCCGCCGCCCCCCCCUCGUCCUCGCCCCCCGCCGCUCUCCCCCCCGGCUCCGUCCCGCGCCCCCCCCCCCCCCCACGAGGAACAACCCGUCGACAGCCGGACGCCGCUGCCCGAGCGCGUCAGCUGACUGUGACCCCCCCGCCGGGCCCCCCCGACGAAACCCCCCCGGACCCGCGGACGGACCCACGGACGGAGCCCCCCCCCCCGGACGGACACGCGGACGGACCCGCGGACGGAGCCCCCCCACGGACGGAGCCCCCCCACGGACGGAGCCCCCCCCGUCGCCACGGACGGACCCGCGGACGGACGGACGGACGGACGCCGCCCCCCCCCCCCGAGGGACGCGGCCCCCCCCGGCACCCCCCCGCUUUGCACUUUGGCCUCUGGGGGCUUUGCACUACGCGGCCGCGGCGGGGCCGGGAGCGGCCAAUGGGGAGCGAGGAGGGGCGGGGCGUGGCGGGGUCGGCCAACGGGGACGGAGCGGAUCCGGAGCGGGAGAAGGCGCGGGGCCAAUGGGGAGCGAGCGCGGCGCGGUCGGCGGCCAAUCGGGCGCGAACUGUGGGCGGGGCGAGAGGCGGCGUUGGGCCAACGGGGAGAGGAGAUCCGAGGGAGGAUCCGGUCGUGAGCCAAUCGGGGGCGGGAUCCACUGUGGGGCCGAUCGGCGGCGGUCGGGCGAGAUCGAGCCGUGAGCCAAUCGGGAGGCGCCUCCGGCAGAGCUUCAGCCAAUUGGGAGCGGAGCUGGGCGGGAGCAGGAUCUGGUCGUGAGCCAAUCAGGACAGAGGGAGGGCUUGGGUAAAGUCCAGCCUUGGGCCAAUCGGGAGCGGCCUCCGCUAGGCUGGGAUCUGGUGUUCAGCCAAUCAAGAACAACUUCCUGACGAGUCGGGGGGGGGGGGGGGGGGCAGGCAGGGUAGAGGGGGGGGGCGCGAAGGGGAGGGGUCUGCUGUUCAGCCAAUCAGGAGAGGCCCUCGGAAGGGAGUGGGAUCUGGUCAGGAGCCAAUGGAGAGCGAGUGAGUCUCUGAUGAAGUUUUAACCAACCGGGAGGGAGCUCUCAGUGGGGAUCCGGCGCUGAGCCGAUGGGGAGCGGCGCUGAGCGGGCACGCCGAGGCCUGGAGCGGGAUGUGGUUCUCGGCCAAUCAGGAGAGGCCCAGGGCUCGGGGGAUCCACCCCUGCCCGGCCGGCAGCGGCGCUGGAUCGAGGCGGGAUCCGGCCGGGAUCCAAUCGGGAGUGACGUUGGAUUGGAGGGGCGGGUCCGGUGUCCAUCCAGCGGGAGGUGGGCAGGGCGGGGGCGGGAUCCAGUCGGGAGCCAAUCAGGAGCCGCCCUGGGCCGGGCUGCGAUCCAGUAGGGAGCCAACCGGGAAAGGUCGUAAGGUGUGGCGAUCCGCUAGGGAGCCAAUCACGUGUUGCCUUGGAACAGGCUGGGAGCCAAUCGGGAGGCGCCCUGGGCCGGCCUGCGGUCCAGCAGGGAGCCAAAUCGGGAAGGACUGUGGGGGGUGUGGUGAUCCAGUAGGGAGCCAAUCACGUGUCGCCUUGGGAGAGGCUAGGGGAACUGGCCAGGAGCCAAUCAGAAGCGUCAGGAUCCAGUAGGGAGCCAAUCGGGAAGGAUUGUGGGGUGUGUGUGGUGAUCUGGUAGGGAGCCAAUCAUGUGUCGCCUUGGGAUAGGCUGGGAGCCAAUCAGGAGGCACUCUGGGCCGGCCUGUGGUCCAGUAGGGAGCCAAUCAGGACGAAUUGCGGGUUGUGUCACCAUCCGGUAGGGAGCCGAUCACGUGUCGCCUUGGAGCAGGCCAGGGGAACCGGCCAGGAGCCAAUCAGAAGCGGCAGGAUCCAGUAGGGAGCCAAUCAGGAGUCGCUGUAGUGGGGGGGUAGGGGUUGGAAUCCAGUCGCGAGCCAAUCAGGAGCGGCUGUAGGCUGGGACGGGCCGCUGGGAAUGACCAAUCAGAAGCGGUGGCGGCUUGGGCGGGAUCCAGUCCAGAGCCAAUCAGGAGAGCUGUGGGUGGAAGGAAGGGGGGAUGGGUGGGGGGGGCAGCAGCACGAGAACCAAUCAGCAGCGCCGUGGGCGGGGGGAAUCCGGUCUCCGUCUAAUAGGAAGUGACCGCGCCCUCCCCACAAUUUGCCCAUACCUUCCAAGGGGGGGGAAAGGGGUAAAAAGGGCCCCUCCCAUGCGGGAUUUGGGGGUGAAGGGGUCCCGGCACCGCCCCCCCCCCUUUCGAACCGUUCUUCCGCCCCCCCCUUCUCAACCCCCGUCUUCCCACCCCUCUCCCCCUCCCCCGGGACUGUUAACGCCCAUCCCCCCCCCCUCCCCAAACUCCCCCCCCCCCCCACCGGCCGCGGGGCCCCCCCCGCUCCUCAUGGCAAUAAGGGGGGGCCCUUUUUGCUAAAAAAAAACCGAGAAAAGAGAAAAAAAAAAAAAAAGAGAAAAAAACCACCACAAUUACACGAAGCAGAGCAACGCCGCCGGGGGGGGGAGGGGUUGGAAGGGAGGGGGGGCCCGGGGGCUAUUUAUUGUGACCCCCCCCCAGGGCGGCCGCGCCGGACUCUGUGCUGAGACAGCAGCUAUAAACCUGUGUAACCCGC